AUGAUCAGCCCAGACCCCAGGCCCUCCCCUGGCUUGGCCCGGUGGGCAGAGAGCUACGAGGCCAAGUGUGAGCGCAGGCAGGAGACCCGUGAGAGCCGCCGCUGCCGCCGUAACGUGACCACUUGCCGCCAGGUGGGGAAAGUGCUGAGGACCCAGCAAAGAGAGCAGCUCAGGAGAGCUCGACAACAGCAGUUCUUCAGGAGAAGGAACCUGGAAGUGGAGGAGAAAAGCAAGGCACAGAGUUUCCAGGCUAGGGAGCAAGGUCCCUCUAGGAGGACAGUCCAGGCAAGUGACCACAAUGCACUCUCAUCUUGGACCAACAGGAGCUCUUCCUCUGGACAGCAGGUGGCAGAGACUACCUCUGAGAUGGUUCCAAUCCAGCAUCAUCCUCCCCCAGGUGUCUGGAGGGAUCUGGCUGGCCACCUGUCCUCACAGGCUGAGCACCUUCCAUCACACAACUCUCCCAUUAAGAAGCCACCCAAACACCACCGUGGCACUCAGACAAAGGAAGAAGAAGCACAGCCAACAAUCAAAAAUGAUGCCAGUCAACAAACCAACUAUGGAGUUGCAGUUCUGGAUAAGGAAAUCAUGCAGCUUUCUGAGUACCUCAAAGAGGCCCUACAACGGGAACUGAUCCUAAAACAGAAAAUGGUGAUUCUUCAAGACUUACUGUCCCACCUAAUUCGGGCCUCUGACAGCUCCUGGAAGGGGCAGCUCAAUGAAGACAAGUUGAAGGGCAAACUGAGAUCCUUAGAAAACCAGCUGUACACCUGUAUGCAGAAAUACUCCCCUUGGGGGAUGAAAAAGGUGCUACUGGAGAUGGAAGACCAGAAAAACAGCUAUGAACAGAAGGCCAAGGAGUCAUUGCAGAAAGUGCUGGAGGAGAAAAUGAGUGCAGAGCAGCAACUGCAGAGCACGCAGCGGUCCCUGGCCCUGGCAGAGCAGAAAUGUGAAGAGUGGAGGACCCAAUACAAUACUCUGAAGGAAGACUGGAGAACCCUGGAGACCCAGCAUAGGGAGCUGGAAAGUCAGCUCCAUGUGCUUCAGUCCAAACUGCAGGGAGCAGACAGCAGAGAUAUACAGAUGAAACAGGCCCUGCUACUUUUGGAGAAUGAGCACCAAGAGUUGCAGGCCAAGAUUGAAUGUCUGCAGGGGGACAGAGACUUGUGCAAUUCGGAUACCCAGAACCUACAAGAUCAACUGAAAAGGUCAGAGGAGGAGAAACUCAUCCUGGUGGCCAGAGUACAGGAGAUGCAAAGUCUGCUUCAGAAUCAGUCUUUACAGCUUCAAGAACAGGAGAAAUGCUUAACAAAGAAAGAUCAGGCUUUUCCUGUGUGGAGUUCAAAGCCCUCCCUUAACGAAGUGGAGCCUGAGGGUACAGGGGAGGAGAAAGACUGGGAUCUCAGCGACCAGCUGCAAAAGAAGACUUUGCAGCUCCAGGCCAAGGAAAAGGAGUGCAGAGAACUGCAUUCAGAGUUGGACAACCUCAGUGAUGAGUACCUCUCCUGCCUGCGGAAGCUGCAGCACUGUCGAGAAGAGCUGAACCGAAGCCAGCAGCCGCCUCCCAGAAGGCAAUGUGGCCGAUGCCUCCCGAUGCUGAUGGUGGUGCUUGCUGCAGCGCUGGCAGUGUUCUUGGCCAACAUGGACAGCCUGAUGAUCUAA